AAAAAGUCCACAGUCCGUUUGAUUAGAGAAAUUAAAUAUAGAUUCAAGGGAUUCAUCAACCAGCUGGCCAAUGAGUUUUAUGUCAAGUAGGAAAGAUCUGUCAGUGUGAUCAACAUCACUAACAAUGUUCAGAAUACCAGGACAUCAUAGGAUAUGCAGGGACUGUCGAAAACUUUUGAACCAGUCAUUUAGUAGAAGUAGAAGCUCCGUGAGUUGGACCUCUAACUCUGUGCGUGCGGCUUUCUUAGAUUUUUUCUGUGGGAGACAUGAUCAUCAGUUUGUUCCAUCCUCCUCCAUCAUUGCCAAGAAAGGGGAGGGGUCCUACUUCAUCAAUGCGGGGAUGAAUCAGUUCAAACCAAUAUUUCUGAAUGAUGUGGAGGAGGGUAGUCCCAUGGCCUCAUACAGGAGAGUGGCCAACAGUCAGAAGUGUGUCCGUGUGGGAGGCAAGCACAAUGACCUUGAGGAUGUUGGCCUUGACCUUACUCAUCACACUUUUUUUGAAAUGCUCGGUAGCUGGUCUUUUGGAGAUUACUUCAAGAGAGAUGCCUGUGCCUUAGCCCUGGAACUGUUAAGGGAUGUCUAUAAAAUUCCUCUGACUUCACUUUAUUUCACAUACUUCAAGGGGGAUGACUCCAUGCAGUUACAGGAGGAUUUAGAAACAAGAGACAUAUGGCUAAGUUUAGGAGUUGAUAAGAGCCAUGUUUUGCCCUUUGGGAUGAGGGACAAUUUCUGGGACAUGGGACAGACUGGUCCCUGUGGGCCCUGUACUGAGAUCCACUUUGACCACCACCCAGGAUACCGCCAUGUACCACAUCUAGUCAACACUGGCUCGCCAGAGGUGGUGGAGAUCUGGAAUCUUGUUUUUAUGCAGUUCAACAGGGACUGUGGUGUACCGUCAUAUGAAGGAAGGAUUGGCUCCCAGGAUCCCCUGGGAAAGGACACAGCCUACAGGAUUGUAGUUGAUCACAUGCGUAUGCUAACAGUGUGUCUGUCCGAAGGAAUCCUGCCGGAUAAAGCAGACCCUCAUGGACACAAAGUGAGGUCUGUUCUGUACCGAUGUCUUCAGUCAGCCAAAGUUCUAGACAUCAGGCCCGGCUACAUCUCCAGCCUAGUGGACAUCAUAGUGGACAGCCUGGGGGCUGCCCACCCAGAGCUGAAUGCCAGUUGUAAAAGGGUAAAAGACGUGAUCAAUGAAUCAGAGGGGCAUUAUUAUAAAACACAGGAGCAGGGAGUCAGGGCCUUCAACAAAUUCCUCAGGAAAAGGAAGACCUCCGGACAUAUCAAUGACUCAGAGUACCAUGAUUUGUUGUCUGGUCACUAUGGAGCUCCCGUUCCCAUGGAGAUCCUGGAAGAUCUGGCACAAAAACAUCAGCUAUCUCUACCAGUAUCAAAACGAGGCUUGGAGGAACAGACAGACAAACAGGCAGAGCAAAUCCACAUUGCUUGCAGCCUGAAAGAAAAGAAUAUACCAAGAACAGCUGACCAUUACAAAUACUUGUACAAAGGGACCCUAUCAUCUUAUAAUUUUCCAGAUUUGUCGGACACCACGGUAGUGGGGAUCCUGUCAGGGCAGUCUACAGAGGUCCUGAAGUCUGGAGACAAGGGCUCGGUGAUUCUGGAUAAAACCUGCUUCUACGGCGAGUCUGGGGGACAGGUGGGGGAUACAGGAGUCCUUAGGAAUGAGACAGGGGUGUUCAUUGUAACAGAUACUCAGAUCCAGGGAGAUUAUGUACAACACAAAGGUCAUGUGGAGGAAGGGGAGAUAAGAGUCGGUGACAAGCUUACAGCUAGUAUUAAUCAGGAGAGAAGGCUGGGCAACAUGAGGGCUCACACGGCCACACACCUACUGAAUCGCUCGCUGCGACGUCUGGCCAGCGACGCCAGACAGAACGGAUCACACCUGGAGGAGGACAGACUUUACUUUGAAGUUUUUACAGCUAAAAAACUGGACACUGUGGUAGAUGUGACAGAACUCCAGAGGGAGGUUAGAGAGGUCAUAGGUCAGAGGUUACCUGUCACCUGUCAGAGUCUGCCCCUGAGUCAGGCCCAGGACCUGGAGGGUGUGGUGUACAUGCAGAAUGAGGUAUAUCCACACCUGGUGAAUGUGAUCUCCAUAGGAACAGAGAAACCUGUGUCUGUAGAACUGUGUGGGGGGACGCAUGUUCGUAAUACUGGGGAUAUUGGAGAUUUUUGUAUAGAGAAAUUAAAAGGUGUAGGACAGGGUAGAAAGUCUGUUUACUGCUUCACAGGAAAACUAGCCACUGUGGCUCUUGAAAAUGGUGCUACAUUGAGAAAUAUAAUGGGUGAGCUGGAGAGGGCUGUGAAACAGGAUCAAAGAGCAGAGGAGUGGGAGUCAAAGGUCAAGGCAAUUAAUAAGAUGAUGUGGGGAGACCUGCUACCUAAACUAGAGAGGGAGGACGUGGAAAAUAGACUGAAUCAAAUAGGACACGUCAUCACGACUAAACUCAAUCAAAUCCACGAACAGAAACUCAGACAGGAAAUCAUCAAUUCUCAUCAGGGGUCAUGUGAUUGGGUGUUUCUAAUUAUAGACUACGGGAAUCUCAAUGUGAUUAAAAAAGCAAUGAACAAGUUAAAAGUAGACAAACCAGUUGUGAUAGUGAAUGCAGACAGUAAAACAACACAUAUUGUAAUGUAUUUGUCUGAGAGCUGUGAUCCUAGGUUAAAACAAGAACUGAUGUCAGUAGUCAGUAACCAAGAUAUCCAGCUAAAGUCCUCCAAAACUAAAGAUGGGAAACAGCUUUAUAUCAUCUCCGUCAGAGACGCUGACAGGAGUAAAGAUUUACAGCAGUCUCUGUCUGAUAUUUAUCAUAAAGAAUUAACAUUUGUUAAUAAAGUUUAGUAUGUAAUUAUAAUGAUGUCCUUUUGUUGUGAG